AUGAGAGGACCAUGUGAGGACCAUGUGAGGACCAUGAGAGGACCAUGUGAGGACCAUUAUGGGGAGGAGGAGGUGUGUUCCGACCGCCUGGACUCGGACUUCCCCGACAUAGACCUCUCCCAGUUGGACCCCAGCGACUUCGACAGCGUCAACUGUCUCAGCGAGCUCCAGUGGUGCAGCGACCAGCAAGCCCAUGCCUCGCCCGCCUCCAUCCACUGCAGCAGCGCCGACCAGCUCUUCCAGACCAGAGUCACAGACCAGAGUCACAGAGCAGAGUCACAGAGCAGAGUCACAGAGCAGAGUCACAGAGCAGUGUCACAGACCAGAGUCACAGAGCAGAGUCACAGAGCAGAGUCACAGAGCAGAGUCACAGAGCAGAGUCACAGAGCAGUGUCACAGACCAGAGUCACAGAGCAGAGUCACAGAGCAGAGUCACAGAGCAGAGUCACAGAGCAGAGUCACAGAGCAGAGUCACAGAGCAGAGUCACAGAGCAGAGUCACAGAGCAGAGUCACAGAGCAGAGUCACAGAGCAGAGUCACAGAGCAGAGUCACAGAGCAGAGUCACAGAGCAGAGUCACAGACCAGAGUCACAGACCAGAGUCACAGACCAGAAAGAGGAGAAGGUGGGAGAGGGAGAGGGAGAGGAGGAGGAGGAGGAGGAGGAGGAGGAGGGAGAGGAGGAGGAGGAGAGGAGGGUGGCCAUGACUGAGAGCAGAGAGCACAGGAAAGAGCUGCGGCAAUCACACAGACACCAUCACAGACACCAUCAACACAGACACCAUCAGCACAGACACUAUCACAGACACCAUCAGACACCAUCACAGACACCAUCACAGACACCAUCGCAGACACCAUCACAGACACCAUCAACACAGACACCAUCAGCACAGACACUAUCACAGACACCAUCAGAGACCUUUACAGGCACCAUCACAGACACCAUCACAGGCACCAUCGCAGACACCAUCACAGACACCAUCAACACAGACACCAUCAGCACAGACACUAUCAGCACAAACACCAUCAACACAGACACCAUCAGCACAGACACUAUCACAGACACAAUCACAGGCACCAUCGCAGACACCAUCACAGACACCAUCACAGACACCAUCAACACAAACACCAUCACAGACACCAUCAGCACAGACACUAUUAGCACAGACACUAUCACAGACACCAUCAGACACCAUCACAGACACCAUCACAGGCACCAUCGCAGACACCAUCACAACACCAUCACAACACCAUCAGUCACCAUCACAGACACCAUCAGACACCAUCACAGACACCAUCAGACACCAUCACAGACACCAUCAACACAGAGACCAUCACAGACACCAUCAACACAGACACCAUCACAGACACCAUCAGCACAGACACCAUCACAGACACCAUCAGACACCAUCACAGACACCAUCACUGGCACCAUCGCAGACACCAUCACAGACACCAUCAGUCACCAUCACAGACACCAUCAGACACUAUCAGACACCAUAACAGACACCAUCAGCACAGACACUAUCACAGACACCAUCAGACACCAUCACAGACACCAUCAGUCACCAUCACAGACACCAUCACAGACACCAUCAACACAGAGACCAUCACAGACACCAUCAACACAGACACCAUCACAGACACCAUCAGCACAGACACCAUCACAGACACCAUCAGACACCAUCACAGACACCAUCACUGGCACCAUCGCAGACACCAUCACAGACACCAUCAACACCAUCACAGACACCAUCAGUCACCAUCACAGACACCAUCAGACACCAUCAGACACCAUCACAGACACCAUCACAGACAUCAGCACAGACACCAUCACAGGCACCAUCGCAGACACCAUCACAGACACCAUCAACACAGACACCAUCACAGACACCAUCAACACAGACACCAUCACAGGCACCAUCAACACAGAGACCAUCAACACAGUCACCAUCAACACAGACACCAUCAGCACAGACACUAUCACAGGCACCAUCACAGGCACCAUCACAGACACCAUCACAGACACCUUCACAGGCACCAUCGCAGACACCAUCACAGACACCAUCAGACACCAUCACAGACACCAUCACAGACACCAUCAGCACAGACACUAUCACAGACACCAUCAGACACCAUCACAGACACCAUCACAGGCACCAUCGCAGACACCAUCACAGAUACCAUCAGUCACCAUCACAGACACCAUCACAGACACCAUCACAGACACCAUCAGCACAGACACUAUCACAGACACCAUCAGACACCAUCACAGGCACCAUUGCAGACACCAUCACAGACACCAUCAGACACCAUCACAGACACCAUCACAGGCACCAUCGCAGACACCACCACAGAUACCAUCAGUCACCAUCACAGACACCAUCAGACACCAUCAGACACCAUCACAGACACCAUCACAGACAUCAGCACAGACACCGUCAACACAGUCACCAACACAGACACCAACACAGACACCAACACAGACACCAUCACAGACACCAUCAGACACCAUCACAGACACCAUCAGACACCAUCACAGACAUCAGAACAGACAUCAGCACAGACACCAACACAGACACCAACACAGACACCAUCACAGACACCAUGACAGACACCAUCACAGACCCCAUCAGCACAGACACCAUCAGCACAGACACAAUCAGCACAGACACCAUCGUCUCUUCUGGUGGUUGGUCGUCUUCUUCCCGUCGUCAUGGCGCCAUGGAAUGUUUUUGAGUCUGGAAUUCAGAACAAUCCUCUGUGUCUCUGCUCUCGUUACCGUGAGUGACAUGUGGUAA